AUGUUUAGACUUCUUCUAGCCAACAAGGGUCCUGUAAAUUGGACACGGCGAUCCGUAUUCACUGCGGGACUACAGAAGACGGCUUUCCAAAAUGCAUUUUUCACCAGAUCUUCGCAAUUGAUCAACAAAACUUCUCUGUUCCGGAAUUACGCCACUCACAGAGAACUCGCAUACAGACUAAGAGGACUCGGGAACCCAAAAGUGUCUGGGUCCUUGGUCAAGUCGCUGAUGUUUACUGUUGGUUUCUCGGCAGGCUGCUACGUUGCAACGCCCUACUUAUUUAAUUAUACCCCCUUGUCGUACUUCAAACGGCAUCCCAUUCACUUACUCUAUGGCCUUAUUGGAAUCAAUGUUGGAAUCUUCUUGCUUUGGAGAGCUCAGACAGCCAGUCUAAGGACAAUGAAAGUUUUAAACAAGUAUUUCCUACUGGAAAGAGGACCUUCAAGGCCAUCUGAGUGGUCUCUUCUCUGGUCUGGCUUCAGUCACCAGGAUUUUGCGCACUUGUUGAUGAACAUGCUCUGUUUGUACUCGUUUGGAACUACUAUGGUGCAAGUUCUGGGUGUGGUCAACUUCACGUCCUUAUAUCUAAUUUCGGGAGUGGCGUCUUCAUUCACCUCCAUCCUAUUUUCCACCAUAGCCAGGUCCUAUGGUAUGUCUCUCGGAGCCUCGGGCGCCAUAUCUGCCAUAUUUGCCGCGUUUGCAACCAUUUUCCCCAAGGCCGGAAUCUCACUAUUUUUCUUCCCUCUUCCGGGUGGAGCCCAAGUGGCCUUGCUCGGAUUUACUGCGUAUAACAUUCUUGGUUGCUUCUACAGAUGGGGAGGUUUAGAUUAUGCUGCACAUUUGGGAGGAACUUUACUCGGAUUUCUCUAUGCCAAAUACCUGCAACAGAAAAGACGUUAUCGAUAA